AAUCAUCAGCCUUCCGCCUGUUACCGCAUGGGCAGACAACCCAAGGCAUUUGCGUCCGCUCAAACCAGCAAGCCCACCAGUACAGCAGGGCCCUCGCCAGCCUUUAGCAAACCUACGAUUUCACCGCUCGUUUCUGCAACCCAGCCAGAACAAUGUCGAGACGAUAUGAUUCUCGGACAACCAUUUUCUCUCCCGACGGUCGCCUUUACCAGGUCGAAUACGCGCUAGAAGCCAUCUCUCAUGCCGGCACUGCUAUCGGCAUCCUGGCCAAGGAUGGCAUCGUCCUCGCCGCGGAACGCAAGGUCACAUCGAAGUUGCUCGAGCAGGACACAUCAGCCGAGAAGCUUUACAUUCUUAAUGACAACAUGAUGUGCGCCGUCGCAGGCAUGACGGCUGAUGCCAACAUUCUCAUCAACUACGCUCGGCAAGCCGCCCAGCGGUACCUGCUGACGUACAACGAAGACAUUCCCUGCGAGCAGCUGGUGCGCCGGCUGUGCGACCUCAAGCAAGGCUACACACAACACGGCGGCCUACGGCCGUUUGGCGUCUCGUUCAUCUACGCCGGCUGGGACCCGCAGCGCCAGUUCCAGCUGUACCUGAGCAACCCCUCGGGCAACUACGGGGGGUGGAAGGCUACGAGCUCGGGCGCCAACCAUGCGAGUGCCCAAAGCUUGCUGAAGCAGGACUACAAGGAGGACUGCACGCUCAAGGAGGCUUGCGGUAUGGCGGUCAAGGUGCUGAGCAAGACGAUGGACUCGACGAAGCUGAGCAGCGAAAAGAUCGAGUUUGCGACGGUGGGCCAGACCAAGGACGGCAAGAUCUUCCAUAAGCUAUGGAGCGCGGAAGAGAUCAAUCAGUUAUUGAAGGAACACGACUUGGCCAAGGAUGAGACAGCCGAGGAAAAGUAGGUUGAGAAGUGAUAGAUGGGCGAUAAGACAGAAGUAGGCUGCUUGCGAUCUAUGCUUGUACUUUUAGAGGUCAUUGCAAACUCCGUGCUCAACGGUGGUCGAGCAGCUUGCGUGGUGUCGUGGGAAGCCAUCCAACCCUCACAAUUACCGCAAACGCGCAGACCCCAAACCUUCAACGCCGCAAUAUGUACACCAGAUGGCCGGUACAUUCAAUCGACCUACGAAAUAACACGUUAGCAACCACUCUGCCUCCCACCAAACAACACCCCCAUCUGGAUACCCACAUUCGACCCUGGCCCCUCCUCCAGAUCCC